CACACCCACAAUCCAAGACUUCUGUCUACCUGUCAGCUGAGAUCCCAGCUGCUCUCAUGUAUAUAUAUCCUAAAUAUUAGAUUGAAUCUGACUCCUGCUCAGACAGGUGGAAGUAACUUAAACUAUUUUGUUAAAACAUGGACAGCCAAGGAAGAAGGGUGGUGGUUUGUGACAAUGGAACUGGGUUCGUCAAAUGCGGCUUUGCUGGGUCCAACUUCCCUGAACAUAUUUUCCCAGCCCUGGUGGGAAGGCCAGCCAUACGGUCAAACACCAAAGUGGGAAACAUCGAGAUUAAGGACCUGAUGGUUGGGGAUGAAGCCAGUGAGUGCCGUUCUCUGCUGGAGGUGUCCUACCCCAUGGAGAAUGGCAUGGUGCGAUGCUGGGAAGACAUGCUGCACCUCUGGGAUUAUACGUUUGGCCCAGAUCGUCUCAACAUCAACCCCUCAGAAUGCAAGAUCUUACUGACUGAGCCGCCCAUGAACCCCACCAAGAAUCGAGAGAAAAUCGCUGAGGUCAUGUUUGAAAAAUACCAGUUCCAUGGUAUCUACGUGGCGAUUCAGGCUGUGCUCACCCUGUAUGCCCAGGGUUUGCUUACUGGCGUGGUUGUAGACUCAGGAGAUGGCGUCACCCACAUCUGUCCUGUCUACGAGGGGUUUUCUCUACCCCAUCUCACGCGCAGGUUGGACAUCGCAGGACGUGACAUCACUCGCUACCUCAUUAAACUCCUGCUGCUGCGCGGCUACGCCUUCAAUCACUCGGCUGACUUUGAGACUGUGAGAAUGUUGAAGGAGCAGCUCUGCUACGUGGGAUACAACAUCGAACAAGAGCAGCGCCUGGCCCUGGAGACCACCUACCUGGUAGAGUCCUACAUGCUCCCAGAUGGAAGGCAGGUGAAUGUCGGUGGGGAACGAUUUGGGGCCCCAGAAGCUCUUUUCCAGCCUCAUCUUAUCAAUGUGGAAGGAGCCGGCGUGGCUGAACUGCUCUUUAAUACUAUCCAGGCUGCAGACAUUGACCUGAGGGCUGACUUCUACAAGCACAUCGUUCUAUCAGGCGGGAGCACCAUGUACCCAGGCCUUCCAUCCAGACUCGAAAGAGAAAUCAAGCAACUCUACCUGGAGAGGGUGCUUGAUGGAGACACACAGAAACUAUCUAAAUUCAAGAUCCGAAUCGAGGAUCCGCCCAGACGCAAGCACAUGGUGUUCCUGGGAGGAGCUGUGCUGGCCAACAUCAUGAAAGACAAGGAUACCUUCUGGCUGAGUCGGGAGGAGUACAAUGAGAAGGGUCUGGGGGUGCUGCAAAAGCUGGGAGGAGGAAUCAGAUGAAACAAUAAUAAACAACAGCAUGAGCUAAUUAGCUGAGAUUUUAUCAUUCACA